AUGGCGUCAGCUUCACAGGACCGCGAGCACAGUCUCAAAAUCUUUGCCGCGCAGUAUUUUCAAAUUCUCGAACCGCAGCAUUUGAUGCUCCCACCUAAUGGCGUUCUUAUCCAGCCUAAAGCCCAAUGCUGGAUCUAUGAGAACAUGUUCAAUGAGGUCGAGAUCUGGCCUAUUCCACCAGUGCGCUACCGCUGUCGGGUUCUAAAAAUGGUUUUAUCUCUGCUUGAAAGCUCAAUUACGGACCCAGAGGAGGAUGAGAUCACAGAAGAUCUCAUGAAUGUCUGGACCGACCUGAUUACCCGUCCUCAACGGUCACCACUUGACGAAGCCCAAGACUUGUCCUACAUCAAGUACUCACCGCCAGGAAUAUGGGACCUAGGAAUUUCUCGGUCUGUGAUAACAUGCGAAAAUCGUGGCCUCAUUUUAUCUUCCGGUACUACCGGAUUUCGCACGUGGGAGGCCGCUUUACACUUAGGGACAUAUCUCUCCACUCCAUCCGGCAAGGCUGUCGUAUCAGGAAAAAAUAUUGUGGAAUUAGGUGCUGGAACAGGCCUCAUCUCACUAUACUGCUUCAAAUGCCUGGGUACUAACAGCGUGGUUGCCACGGAUCGGGAGCCAGCAUUGAUUUCUAACAUUCAAGACUGUGUCUCGCGGAAUAACCUAAAUUCUCCCCGCUUUCGUACGCACAUUUGGGAGUGGGGUAGACCCUUGACAGUUCUAGAUGAGUCUAGUGCGGAUCUACCAACCUCUUUUGAUGUUGCACUUGGUGCAGAUUUGAUAUAUGAUUCAGACCUUAUACCUGUACUUGUGUCAACACUGCACGACCUAUUUGAAAACUAUAAUCUCAAGGAGUUUUUGAUAUCUGCUACCCUCCGUAAUCAGGAAACAUUCACGACAUUUCUCAACUGUUGUGAAAAAACUAAUCUACAUGCACAAUUAAUCCACUUCCAAUCUCCUCCUCGGCAGUUACAGGAUGGGUUUUUCCAUGGCACUGAUGUGCCAAUUAGAACGUAUCGGAUAAUUACCUGCAAAUCUCACAAUGACCUUAGGUCUAUCUAA